AUGCCCGACAAGACCACUCAAGGUGAAGAGCAAACCACCGAGUCAACACGCACGGCGGACGCAUCAGAUAUGCAAACCGCCAAGGACUGGUUCAAGGCGGUUUUCAAGAUUCAGCAUGCAUUGAUUACACAAGCGCAAGAGGACCACCAACAAGCUAUAGCCGACCGUCGCGCAGAUCAGCAAAUCUUUCUAGCGGCUCACCAAGCCAACGCCGCCCGCAUCGGCCGUUUGGAGGACCUCCUUCUAGCGAUGAACGUCAAAAAUGAGGUUGAUGCUCGCCCUGUACAAGCUGCUCCAGGCCGGGUUGAUCUACAAAAGUUCCGCACGUCGGACGGCCCAAUCUACCGCGGACCGUUCCAAGAAACCGAGCCCUUUUUACGCUGGAUCCACGGCGUACAGAUUUUUUUCGACACUAAGGAUGUCAGCAACUCGGCGGAUAGAAUCAAGAUUCUCGGGAAUCUCAUCGCGGAGACUAACCUUCAAUUGUUUUAUGCCAACAAAGCAUCUGGCUUCCUAACCAAGUCCUGGAACGAAUUCAAAGUACGGAUGUUUGAUUUUGCUCUCCCCACAAACUGGCGAUCGGGAUUGCAACGACAGGUCCGCAAGCUCGAGAUGUCUCCGACCGAGUCUUUUCUAGAGGCCCAUGUCGACAUUCCAGCUAACUAUCAAGCCCCCGCGAAACCGGUCGACUAUUCAGCCCCGCGCGCUUGGAGUAGCCCAUCUGGCCCAUCGUCCACCCCAGGAAAACCCACUCAACCUCCCGCGGGUCGACCUUCAGCCCGUGCCGCAAGCGUUGCAGGCGUUACAGACAUCACACCCCUUGAAGCCCAAGUCUCUGUGCUACAACUAGACGCAGCAAUACGAGAGGACGGCCGUUGGGAUACAUACUUUGACGACGAAGGUUACUACCCUAGUAUGGAACCGGCCGCUGUGGCGGCACUCAAGGACCUUGACAGACAACUUCUCCCAAACAAGAUUGAGAAGGCCAAACAGGCCGACCUAGCGGAUGCUAUUGCCGGUCAUCCGGGGCGUGCCUAA